AUGGACGACAACGUUUUCUUGUUCUUCCUCUUUGGGAUGACCGCUGUGGUUUUCUUCUCAUUGAUUUUGAUUUCCUACUUGGUCUUCUAUUUCGUGUUUCAGGAUGACGAAAGUGAGACACCAGAGGGCCACUUGCCAAGCCAGAUGAGGCUUGACUUAGCUAGGUACUCUAAGCUCGACAAUUACAGCAGGUUCAUGAAAAUGUCGGAUACUGAGAAGAUCACGUACCUGCUAUCAGUAAGCUACUGCCGUUUCAACAAACCCAACUUGGUUACAACCGAAUUGAGCUCCACGAAGGUGACUACUGAGUCAUUGUUGAUCAGAGACCGGGGUAUCAACUCGUUCCACUUUCUCGACUACUACGACCAGAUCGGAUCCUUGGUGAGCAAGUUAGAAAAUGAGCAAAGCGAGAACUCUGAAAUGACAGAUGGCGAUGUCGACGAGACGACGGCAUUACUCGAAAACACAGAACUGGACUUCAAAAACAACAAGAUCCUUAAAUUGUUGAAGGCAUACAACUACAAGUCUUGCAUAUCGAAAAGCAUACCUUUUGUGGUGGAAGAUUUGGUGGAGAUCAAUUUCAAGCCGACCUUGAUAAACGGAAUCAGCUACUCGACAUUGUUGAAUCUUCCAAUUCCAACAGUGAAUCGAAAAAACGACGUCAUUUAUUUUGAAACAAAGUUGCUAGAGUUUAGCACGCUUUCAACGUUGGUUUCGAUUGGAUUGGUGACGAACCCGAAUUACCCAAAUUUCCAAUUGCCUGGGUACCUUCCAUACUCUUUUGCAAUUGACUCUACAGGAAAUUUGCGGAUAACAAAGAAACAGACCUAUGAGCCGGAUAGCAGCGCAGAGGAUGAGCUCAAUAUUGUGCUUCCUCAACUUACUGAGGGCGACGUUAUUGGUUUGGGUUACAGAUCAAUCUCAGGAACGAUAUUUUUGACCCAUAACGGGAAGUUAAUACACGAGGUAGUAAAGUACUUCAAAUUCCAGAUGUUUCCCUGCAUUGGCUUUAAGAACCUGGCCACUCUGGACAAGAAAUCGAACAAUGGAUGUAAAAUCAACGUUAACCUUGGCCAAAUGGGAUUUGUCUAUAUUGAAGCCAAUGUGAAAAAGCUCGGAUUUUGUGAAAAUAGGAAUGACGGCCUAAUUGGUGCCCCACCAAUAUACAACAAGACGAACCAAACAAACGAGAUACUGCUUGAUAAAGGGGACGACAUACCACCAGAGUAUCCUACCGACGAGGACACAUUUUUCGGACCUGUUGUAGGGAGCUCCACGGCUGAAAAAUUGGACAACGAGGCUGUUACCACCACUACGGAAGAUAAGAAAGUCGCUGAUCUUGAGGAGGGGAAUGCAGCCGACAACAGCAGCGCCUCGAGUCGCCGCACGGGGACCCCGGCCAGUGAGCCACCAAGCUACCAGAGUGAGAAAAGCGGGGACAAAAGUAAUAUGACGGACCAAGAGUACGAAAGUUUCGUGUCUCCAGUUGAGGCCCAAGAAACGGGAACAACGACAGAGAUUUUGCCCGAGAGCGAUGGGGCUACAGCUAAUGGUGAAACCACACCACUGAUUCCACAGCAAGUCCUCAGCGGUGGUAAGGCGAAGGCGAGUGUCGGAAGCAAGCAGAAGCUCAAGAAGCACAAGAAAAAGAAGAAGAGCAAGACUGUUUUUUGA